AUGAGUGGUAAUAGCUCGGCAAAUGAAAAUCAGAUAGCCUCUGUCUUUUCACAGGUUCAAUCCUCAGUUACAGAUUUAAGCAGUCACGAGUUUAGUAAAGUAGAAGCGACUCUCGAAGCGUUGCUUUCUCAGCCAUUGAGUGAGGUAGCUGCGGGACUUGGGCCGAUAGAGCGUGCAAGACUGUACACGUUAUAUGCGUAUUGUUGUAAUUCGCUUUCUUCCCUAUAUUUAGAGGUUAAUGGUGAAUCUGAACCAAAAGAAGUCGAUUUUCAGGCGAACCGAAUACAAGAAAUUUCGGAUAAAAUUACACAUACACUGAAUCCUCCACAACCCACGCUAGCGAUUGACCGGCAAGCAGCUGCACGCUUCAUUAAGCACAAUCUGCCAAUCACAAAAGAACGUUCUUCAAGGGAGGAUAACCAAACAUCUAGUCCAGUGCAUAUUCGUUUUGAUGACAAUGGGAAUAGAAGAAUAGUUAGUUCUCAGGUGCAGCAUUCGCCGCGUAAUGAAAGAGGCUCACGCGGUGGAAGCUCUUCGCAUGCAUCGCGAUAUGAUAGAAACGAAUCAUAUGAUUAUCAUGACCGGGACCAUGAUCGAGAUUACGAUCGUGGAGAAGAACGUAAAACCUUUUACCGAUAUCUCACUUCCCCAAAGUGUUAUCUAUAA